UUAAGUGGUAGCUUGAUGCUGGCUGGGUUCCUACACUUUCUGAUCGGAUUCACAGGUCUUGUCGGCAUUAUACUCAGAUUUGUUGGCCCUAUUACCAUAGUACCUACCAUAGUCCUAGUCGGCCUGUACACCAAUAGAAUGGUUGUGAAAUUUUGUCAGCCUAGCUGGAUCUUGGCCGCUCUGACUUGUCUCUGCAACUGUGUAUUGUCCAUGUAUCUGGCAAACAAAAACACCCCGAUCCCCUACUGGAGCAGAAGGCGCGGCUUCCACAUCUUGUGGUUUCCCUUCCAUCACGCUUUUUCGGUUCUACUGAGCAUGAUGUUCGGAUGGAGCCUAAGUGCUGUUCUCACGGCAGCCGGGGCCUUCACUGAUGAUAAAACAAGUCUGCAGUACCUGGCCAGGAGUGAUUCCAGACUUCACGUCAUUGAGGAAACCAACUGGUUCAUCUUCCCGUAUCCAGGUAAAUUUGGACUGAUGUCAUUUAGUGCUGCUGGGUUCAUCAGCUUCUUUGUGGCUACCAUCAUGUCCGUGCUGGACUCCAUUGGCGACUACAGCGCGUGCGCCCGAGCAGUUCGUGUCCCACCUCCCCCGACAUACGCCUUCAACAGGGGCAUCGCCGUGGAGGGGCUCAUGAGUGCCCUGUCUGGUGCCAUGGGUUGUUGUCACGCCACUCUCUCCUACGGUGGCAACAUUGGGGCUAUCAAUGUGACUGGGGUAGCCAGUCGGCGUGUCAUGCAAGGUUGUGGUCUCAUCUUCGUCAUCUUCGCCAUAGUAGGCAAAGCUGGAGCUUUGUUUGUCACCAUCCCUUACCCUGUCCUGGGUGGCAUCUCAUUUAUCAUGAACGGCAUUUUUAUUGGACUGGUGCUCUCAUAUCUACAGUUCGUAGACCUCAACUCUACCAGAAACCUGGCCAUUAUCGGCAUGUCUCUUCUGCUUGGAAUGAUGUUGCCGUAUUGGAUUGGAGAAAACCCAGAUGCAAUUGAGACAGGAAAUCCAAACGCCAACAACGUCAUCAAGGUACUCCUGAACAACCCGUCGUUCGUGGGCGGCUUCUGCGCCUGCCUGCUGGACAACACAGUGCCUG